UAUUUAUACCAGAUUUGACAAUUGUUGACAUCAUUAUUGACUCAACAAUUGACAGAGUGUCACUCUGCACUGGCCUUUAAUGUUGUGUGUUUAAAAAGUCAUCUCAUUCAAAACUAUUAUUUUGGUUACUUCUCUGUAAAUUCAAUUUUUAUUUCACGUAUAUCUGAAGCAUAAAAAAUUACAUCUAAAAUCAAAUCAUUAAAAAUUUAGCUAGCAUUGUAUAUAAAACAUGGAUUUGAAAACGAGAAAUUGAUGUAAUUUGUCCCAGGUCAUAGAUCCAUUACGCAAUGCCCGCGUACAUGACGCUACGAGAGGAGGAUGUUAUCAGAUUGACGCUUGAAUUCUUGUACAGUCGAGACCUCCAUAUAUCGCAGCUUUCAUUGGAACGUGAGACGGGCGUAAUAAACGGUCAGUUCAGUGAUGAUGCGCUCUUCUUGCGGCAAAUUAUUCUGGACGGGCAAUGGGAUGAUGCUAUUGAAUUCAUUCAGCCACUGGAAACCCUUUCGGAUUUCGAUAUGAAAAAGUUUAAAUAUGCAAUUUUACGACACAAAUAUGUAGAGCUCCUUUGCAUAAAGUCUGAAGCAAAUCUUACAAUAGAAUCAGAUGGAAGUGUUGACAGUGCAGUGCAAGAAGUCGUUCAUGUUCUCAAUGAAUUAGAAAAAGUUGCACCAACAAAAGAAGAUUACAGCAACUUAUGCUUGCUUUUGACUUUACCAAGAUUGACCGAUCAUCAUCAAUUCAAAGAUUGGAAUCCUAGCAAUGCCAGAGUUCAGUGUUUCCGCGAAAUCUAUCCACUUGUCGAACGAUUUCUGCCUGGUGAUAGAAAUCCAGAUUCAAAUCCUUCGAUUGCUUUUGCCAAAAAUGAUCGACUAAUUCAGUUAAUUAUAAAAGGUGUACUCUAUGAAUCGUGUGUGAACUAUUGUCAGGCGAAAGCUACUGGAUCUCAAGAAAAUGUCCAGGUGGAAAUGAAUUUUUCGACAUUACUAGAUGGUUCAAUUGGUUUCAAUGAUUCUGAUUUGAGUCUCCUUUCCUGGCUGCAAAGUAUUCCUUCUGAAACAUUUGCGAUACCGUUUGCACAGAAAACACUCAAUGUAGAUGUGGAUAAACUUGAACGACCUUCUCUGGAAACGUCGUGGACUGAGCAUAUGUUAAUUACGCCAAUCAAGCCUAAGACAUUUCCUCAUAAUGCUAUGCCAUUUACGAGACCUAGAUCAGCAGCAGACAUGAUGUCACGCAGCUUACUGCCCACACUAGAAGCAGGGUUAGGACCACGAAGUCCUGGUCCAAAAAAUUUAACUCUUUCAUCUACUGGAUUUAUGACAUUGUCUACAGGAGAUAUAAAUCCUAUGUCACGAUCAUCGUUUGCAAGUUUUCAUUUGAAUGGUUUAAGAUGCAAUAAAAUUAUGAAUACGAGUGUCGAUAGACUAUUUGAGAAUGAGGGUGAUGUAUUUCUCAGUUCAAAUUUUGGAGAAUUCCAACAAUUGCCUUCAAUUCAAGAAGUUAUAAGUAAUCCUGACCAAAUAAAAGUACCGGAUAAGCCAAGAGUCCAGUCAAAAAGUCCUGAUGGCAGGAAAACUUCUCCUUCAACUUCUUCAACUCCUGAGUGGUGCAUAGGCCGUGAUUCACCAGCUCCAUCAACAGCAAGAAGUUCUCGUCGAGAUUCUCUGGUUGAAAAACCAACUGGCUUAGCACUGAAAAUUUCAGAACCAUCGUUAACAGCUGGUGAAGAUAUUGGAAUCUCAAAUGUUAAAUAUAACUAUAAUGGUGAUCUAUUGAGAGAAUAUCAAAAACAAAAACAGCGUUUUCAAGACACAAUCCAGCGGAAGGUAGACGAAAGGGAUGAAAUGGUCCGGCAGUUAUCAAUGUCGACUAAUGUCUCAGUGAAAAACCGAUCACAAACAGACAUACAAGAGGCUACCACGUGUAGAACUGGAUACGAUUCAAACGUGCAUGAGAGACAUUGUGAUAUCAUUAAGAAUAAUAAGGGAGACAGUUUUAUAGAACUUGAGUCAACAAUUGCUAGUGGUGAAAAUGAGAAACCUAAAUUUUUGCCAGUAACUACUCUUGAAGACGUACAGGCGAUUAGGUGCGCCGAAUUUCAUCCUCUCGGAAAACUUUAUGCUGUUGGAUCAAAUUCAAAAACCCUUCGGAUAUGUGCAUAUCCAAAGCUUGAUAAUUUGCAUGAGGAUCGUGAAAUUCAUCAACCAACAGUUUUAUUUAAAAGAACAAAGCACCACAAGGGAUCGAUUUAUUGUCUUGCUUGGACUCCUGAUGGACAAAUCAUGGCUACUGGAAGUAAUGACAAAACUAUCAAGCUUAUGCAAUUCAAUUCAGAGACAUCUAAUCUAGAAGGUCAAGAAGUAGAACUUACAAUGCACGAUGGCACGGUUCGUGACCUUUGCUUUCUUGAAGAUACUUCUAAUAAGUCAAGUCUUCUAAUAAGUGGAGGUGCGGGUGACUGUAAAAUUUAUGUAACUGAUUGCGGAACAGGAACACCAUUUCAGGCCCUCAGUGGACACAGUGGACAUGUGUUGUCUUUGUUCAAUUGGGGUGGAGCAAUGUUUGUGUCUGGAUCACAAGAUAAAACAGUUCGAUUUUGGGACCUUCGCACGAGAGGAUGCGUCAAUAUGGUGACACCCACAACCGUGCCUGGUAGUCGGAUUGGCAGUCCUGUUGCUGCUAUAUGUGUGGAUCCAUCAGGUAGACUGCUAGUUUCUGGUCAUGAAGAUAGUAGCUGCGUUUUGUUCGACAUACGAGGUGGCAGAACGGUACAAUGUUUUAAACCUCAUGCAGCUGAUAUUCGGAGCAUCAGGUUUUCACCUUCAGCAUAUUAUUUAUUAACCAGUGGUUAUGAUAACAAACUUGUUCUAACGGAUUUACAAAGAGACCUGACAAUGUCAUUACCAAGUGUUGUAGUCGCCCAACAUCAGGAUAAAGUUAUAUCUGGUCGUUGGCAUCCAACCGAGUUUUCUUUUCUAAGCACAUCAGCUGAUAAAACAGCAACCCUUUGGGCAUUGCCACCUAUUUAAGAGCACACUAAUGAAUGUUCCCGUUUUUUUUUUUUUUUUAAAUCUUGAUAGUAUAUUUCUUCUAAUUUUUUUUAAUAUUAUGUUUUACUAUAGUUUUUGUAAUAAUUUUUUUAUUUAUGGAUUUAUUUGUAGCUUGCAUGAAAAUGACGAAGUUUUUUUGAUUGCUUCGUGAUUAAAGAUAACUGGAGUAACACUGAUGUAAAUAAUAAGUAAAUAAAAUUGAUUCCGUGUUAUGUUUUUUUUUUCUAUAAAAACUCCCCG